AUGCUCGCAGACCACGGGAGAGGCUGGAACUUUCUUGUCACUGGAGCGUACCAGCAGGUCAUGAUCACCCGUGGAAUGAUCCUCAAGGACUGUCCCAUCCAGCAUCGCGCAACCAUCAAGGUCGCGCGGUCCGAGAUCCUCGACUCGCCCACGAGCAAGCCGCAGCUGAAGGCUGAUGUCCGUCUCCGCCUCGAUGAAAUCGCGUCGCAGACCAUGGCGCACAUCGCCGUCGUCAACAGCCCGAACAACAAUCGCACGCCCCCCGACGGCAUCUCCGCGGCCGCGGGGUGGUCCGGUCUCGAGACGGAGCGCGUCUGCGAGCUCGUCAUCACCGGCCAGGGCGAUUCCGUGGAUCUCGCACGCGUCAGGCUGCUUGUCAUGCUCGAUGAACUCAGCGGUCUACACUCCGAGGCCUGCGAGAUCGAGUAUAACCUUCAUCCUAUCGUCGCCGGGCGCAAGCGCAGCAUGCUACAAUCUAUUCAAGAAGAAACGGCAACCAACAUCUAUCUUCCGUCUCCCCUCCAGGGUCUUGUCGGUCCGGACCUCCUCAACCCUGCGAGCCCCUCCAGCGCGCUGAGGAAUAACAAUGUGAUCUGGAUCACGGGCGAGUUCUUUGGCGUCCAGAGGGCGCGAGACAUGCUUCUCCAAGUCGCUGCUUCGAAGCCCCAGUCUAUCAUCUCGCGCGACACUGCCAUCCUCCCUCGCAAGCUGGAUUGGAUGGUCACCGACCGCGCUGAAGAUUUGAAGGCAAUUAUGAGCGACAAUGGCACCUUCAUUCAGUUCCCGGCUCUGGGUAGCUCGACCAGUCUCAUCACCGUUUACGGUGAUCACAGGGUCAGCGUGCAGCGCACCAUUCGUUCUAUCAUGCAGCUGGCAUGCCAGUAUUACGUUGGAUCAUUUUGGUUGCUGCCGGUGCAAUUCAACGCCUUACUGCCUCCGACCUUAAACGCGUCGCAAGUGUCGUCUAUUUUGAAGCAGAUAUCGAUGGCGACUGGCGCGGAAGUUGUUUUCAAGGGCAUGUGCUUCGAGGUUCAUGGACUCGAGUUUGAGGUCCGCCAGGGUAUCUCGAUGAUCAUGGAGUUAGAGCUCGUCAAGGCUUUCCACCACGAGAUACGCUUCCAGAUUGAACUUGCCAACGAGCACCGCGAGUUCAUUAGCGGCAAAAAGAACGGCAAGAUCAACAAGAUCAUGCAGUCGGCCAACGUGAAAAUCAAGUUUGAAACGUUCAAUGAUCACAACUUCCUUAUCGACAUCGCUGGUCCGGAUGGCUCAAUUCUCAAGGGCUUGACGUUGCUGCAGGAGGAACUGCCUGCAGAAAUCUCCUUCCACGUUCCUGAAGGCUACCACAAGCGCAUUAUCGGCGUUGGUGGACGGAGUAUACAGCGUAUCAUGAAGAAGUACGGCGUCUAUGUCAAGUUCUCGAACGCCGAGGAGUUCGCUGCUCUGGGCGGCUACAACGACAACGAGGAUAACGUCGUGGCGCGUACGCCUGCGAAGAAUGCAAACAACCUGGAGCACCUCAAGCAAUCCGUCAUGGAACUCGUCAAUCCCAAGGAUAAGGACUACGUAAAUGAGACGGUGUCCGUUCCGCGUCGGUACCAUCGCACGCUCCUCGGCGAGAAGAGCAUCUUCAUCCAUGACAUCGAGGCGAAGACCAACUCGCGGUUCCGCUUCCCGGACAAGGAGACUGCGUCAGACGUCAUCACAAUCUUCGGCCCAGAGAGCCAGGUGCAGAUCGCCAGCGCAAUGCUUUUCGAUCAUGUACCCUUCGAAGCCGACAUGGCUGUCCCGCCCAGUCCGGAUCUGUAUCUUGUCGUUCAGUCGCCCGACUUUGCUGCCCUCGUCGAGCGCAUCAAGCGCGACUUCCAGGUGGCCAUCACGCCCAACGUCAAGCCAUGGUCGAACGGCGUUUCGGAGGCGUCCGGCGACAACACGUUCAAGUUCCGCUGUCAACGCAGCAACAGCGACUUCCUUGCGGCGGCGCGCGAAAUGCUAGAGCAGUUCCUGCUCAACCACAACGUGCACAUCUACCCUUCCGCCACGGCGCAUACGCACAAGCGCGGCGACUCGUUCGCGGAGGCGUUCCCGCACUUUGACAGCAAGCUGCUUUCGGCGCAUAGGACGAGGCAUACUGUCGCAGAGUCGGCAGAUCUCGGUCGGCCGUCUGAGCUGCAGGCCCAAGAUCGUAGAUUACGGAUGGCGAGCUCGUCGCCGGAUGUGAAGGCUGCGUUCAAGGGCAUGGGCCACGCGACGCAUGUCUCCUCGGCUUCGCACCAUUAUAGCUCGCCAUCGUACAUCUACAGCAUAGAUGCUGGCGACGAGUCGGUCGAUUAUGGUGUACCGCUCGACUAUAGCGGUGUACGCAAUUCGCUGGAGUAUUGGACGCCAUUGCCACCCAUUGUACGUGUUGCCGCAAUGUCAGACCUAUUAUAA